CUUCAACUGCUACCUCGUGUCGGCAAUUCAUCAAUUGUAUUAAAUUCCUUGAAUCUUGCAUAUCGUGUUGCAUAGCGGCCCGAUUCCUCGUAUCAUUCCUGUACCACCCAGAGUGAGUUCCCACCCAACAGGAGUGGCACCACAGACGUCAGCCCUGCAUUCCCAGCAGUGUCUAAACGCACAAUUACCUGGCUAUCUCACGAUUCACUGCCAAGAAACAGGACCUAACUGCUUAUGAGGUUAGACUCACACCCCGCGCUGCAUCAUGCCCCACCUUCCGAGAGCUUCUGCUCUUUCAGCUUUCCGCGCAGCUCCCCAACUUCGCGCUCCUAUCAACAAACGCUUCUUCACUCCUUCGGCAUACAACAUGGCCAUCAAGGCUUACUUUGAUUGCUCCUGGACCGGGCCCACCGUUGAGGUCGACAACGCCGGCAACGUCACUAGCCAGGGCGAGGUUAAGGCGCAAUCCGGUCGCGUCAACUUCGAGCUCUUCGACGAUGUCGUUCCCAAGACGGCUGAGAACUUCCGCGCCCUCUGCACCGGCGAGAAGGGUUUUGGCUACCAGGGCUCAAAGUUCCACCGCGUGAUUCCUCAGUUCAUGCUCCAGGGUGGUGACUUCACCCGCGGCAACGGCACUGGAGGCAAGUCCAUCUAUGGCGAAAAGUUCGCCGACGAGAACUUCAAGUUGAAGCACGACCGCCCCUUCCUCCUCUCCAUGGCCAACGCUGGCCCCAACACCAACGGUUCCCAAUUCUUCAUCACCACCGUCGUUACCUCAUGGCUGAACGGCAAGCACGUCGUCUUUGGCGGUGUUCCCGAUGGCGAUGUCGAGUCCUACAAGGUUGUCCGAUCAAUCGAGGCUUGCGGCUCCAACAACGGAAGCAUCAAGUACAAGGAGGGCCCACCUACCAUCACUGGUGCUGGCGUCCAGUAGAUACAUUUCGGUGAGGUGGGACGGCGCCAUAGAGGCAAGGGUUCAUGCGCAACUGGUGGCUUAUAAUUGUGUAGCACCUGUC